AUACCUAACUGUAAAUAAAGAAAAAUCACUUAUGUGCACCACAGGUUAGUUGUGUUGUGAUACACGUGAAACUGGUGUCACUUCACUUCUGUGAAGAUUUAGAAACAAUAACUAGACUGAAUUUGAAAUCCAAGAGUCUGAGAAGUCUCCACCAUCAUGGGGGAUGCUAUCAACGAUGCGCGAUUUUCGCACAUCGCGAACGAUCCCAGAUUCAAAUCUAUUCCACGAUCUCAACGCAAAGUGAAAAUUGAUAAACGUUUCAAAGCUAUGUUUGAAGAUAAACGAUUUAAAACAAAGUACACUGUAGAUAAAAGAGGUCGACCUACUCCUAAAACUUCAAAUGAGGAUUUGGAGCGCUUUUAUGAUUUGUCAUCAGGUAGCAGCGACUCAGAAGACAGUGACGAUGUAGAUGAUGAUAAGAAUGAUGUGGCCUCCUUGAAAAAUAAAAGUAAACCGAAGUUGGAUGCUGUCCUGCAGGAUGGAGAAUCAGAUGACACGACUUCUGAUGAUAGUGGAGACGAAGUUCAAAGCACUUCUGAAACUAAACUUGUGGAGGAUAAUGAGGGAAGUGUUAGGAGUGAUGAUGAGGAGCUCAAUGACAAAAUAAGAUCAAAGUUACGGGAUGUAUCUGUGGACUAUGCUAGAGGUGAAGGUGCCAUUCUAACAGAUAGUUCGUCCGAUGAAGAAAGUAGCGGAGAUGAGGUAGAUGAAACUCCUGAGCAUGGCUGGGGAGAACUUGAUAAAGAUGCAGAGAGGACAGAUGAAGUAACAUCCCGCUUGGCUGUUUGUAACAUGGAUUGGGAUCGCAUAAGAGCAGUGGACCUUAUGGUUCUUCUGAACUCGUUUACUCCCACUGGUGGAUUGAUUCGCUCAGUUACAAUUUACCCCUCUGAAUUCGGACUGGAAAGAAUGAAAACGGAAGAUGUGCAAGGUCCUACAGAAUUAGUGAAGCAGGCAUCAAAAAAUCAGAAAAAGUAUACAGAGGCUGAGGAUGAUGAUAGUGACAGUGGUGAUGAUGAUGAAGGUCCCAUUGAUGAGAAUGAGGAAGGCAGCAGUUACCACAUGGAAAAACUGCGUAAAUAUCAGUUAAACAGAUUAAAAUAUUUUUAUGCUAUUGUUGAAUGUGACUCUCCAAAUACUGCCAAUAACAUUUACACAGAGUGUGAUGGAAUGGAAUAUGAGAGCAGUGCUACGCGACUAGACUUGCGUUUUGUUCCAGACGACACUACUUUUGAACAGGAUCCACGAGAAACAUGCACAGGAAUGCCUGAUGCUGGUAAAUAUAAGCCUCGGAAUUUCACAACCACUGCUUUGCAACAAGCAAAAGUUGAACUGACUUGGGAUGAGACAGAUCCUACAAGGUCAGAAAUUGCAAGUCGCUUAAUGGCUGGGGAUACAGUUGAUGACAAAGACCUACAAGCAUACCUAGCUUCAUCCAGUGAUGAAGAAAAUAGUGCAGAGGAGCAGGAUAAGGUCCAGAGAGGAAAAAGAAACCAGAACAUUGUGGAUGGCAAACAAAGUAAUAGUGAGCCAAGUAGUGAUGAUGAAGACCCUAUUGCAAAGUAUCGAUCCCUACUUAGUGGAAUUGAGGAAGACGAGAAAGAAAGAAAAAAUAAAGAUGUACAUAUGGAAAUAUCAUGGGGAUUAGGUCUAAAAGAGAAAGCUGAAGAGGCAGUGAAGAAGAAAAUGGCAAAUUCUAAAGAACUUACACCUUUCCAAGAAAUGAUGGAAAAACGGAAACAGAAGCGCUUAGAGAAGAAAAAGCAAAAGAUACAGAAGAAGAUGCAGAAGUCCGAAGAUGAUGAGAAUGGAGGGAUUUCUUCUGACGAUGAGAUUCCUUCAGAUAUCGAUAUGAAUGACCCUUACUUUGCUGAAGAAUUCAAAGACAUGAAAAGUAAGCCUAAGAAAAAUAAGGGAAAGAAGAAGAAAGAAGAUUUUGAAGAAACCGAUGAACAACUGCAGAGUAAGGCCGAGCUUGAGCUAUUGCUCCUGGACAAGGAUGAACCAAAACAUUUUAACUUCAAGAAAAUUCAAGAGGAGGAAACUGGGUCUAAAAGUAAACGAAAAGCACGACGAAAGAAAGGGAAAGAGCUUUCCAAGAAAGAAACUCCUGAAGAUGACUUCAAGAUUAAUGUGGAUGACAGCAGAUUUUCUGCAUUAUAUUCUUCUCACCUCUAUAAUAUUGAUCCCACUGAUCCCCAUUUCCGCAAGAGUAAUGGAAUGGAAGCUCUGAUCUCAACUAAGCAGAAGAGGCUCGCUGAUUCAAGUCUUGAGGUUUCAGAUCACAUCCAAAGUGCUCCUCCUAAAAAGUCUAAGAAGGAUGCAGAACUAUCUCUUUUAGUCAAAUCUGUUAAAAACAAAACACAGAAUCUAAAGAAACAUUGAAGUUGUUCAAUUAUUGGUGGAAACAAUUUUCGGAGGAUCAUUUUGUGCUAGUGUAAUCAGUUCUGGCAUUAAAAUCUAAUGUGAAAAAUA